AUGUGGACUCCCAAACUGUAUGUGUACGGGUUUGAGUAUAAGGCAAAAGCUGAAAUGCAAUAUGAUGCCAGCCAGCCAGUUCGAGCACAGAACAGUCAUUCAGUAAGAAGAGGACGAAGUAACCGUAGUAACCUGGUAGCCAGGUUUAAACGAUACCAAGAGUCGAAGAGGAUUUCGGAUAAUUAUGAACAGCAGAAAGACCUUCUCAACGGCGCACCUGAGUCAUUUGGAUCUCAACAACUUCAACUGACAAUUAAAGGCUGCCUCCCCAGGAUAAUCACGAUUGAUUGUGAUUUGGCGUCAGUGGCGAAUCCAUACAACUUGAAGAAGGAGGCAAAAAUUUGA